AUGUUCUCCAUUUAUUGCCUACUUUGCUUAUGUGAAUCACUGAUAUUCCUAACUCUUUGUUUUUUUUAAAUUUACAGGUAGAGAAUAUGUUAUUCCAUCCUUGGCCCAUAGAUUUAUGGCAGAGAUGGUGGAUUUCUUUAUUCUCUUCUUUAUAAAAGCAACCAUUGUUUUAAGCAUUAUGCACCUCAGUGGAAUAAAGGAUAUCUCUAAAUUUGCUAUGCAUUAUAUAAUAGAAGAAAUAGAUGAAGAUACAUCAAUGGAAGACUUGCAGAAAAUGAUGGUUGUGGCUCUUAUAUACAGAUUACUAGUUUGUUUCUAUGAGAUAAUUUGCAUUUGGGGAGCUGGUGGAGCAACUCCAGGGAAGUUCCUGCUAGGGCUUCGAGUUGUGACAUGUGAUACAUCAGUGCUUAUUGCACCAAGUCGGGUUUUAGUGAUUCCUUCUUCAAAUGUUAGCAUUACUACAUCCACUAUACGAGCUUUGAUCAAGAACUUUUCUAUUGCUUCUUUUUUCCCCGCUUUCAUCACACUGCUGUUUUUUCAGCAUAAUCGAACAGCAUAUGACAUUGUAGCAGGAACCAUUGUGGUAAAAAGGAAUGGGGUCAGAUGAUGCCCAAAAAAGUCCUGAAUUCCAUACUCUGGAAUAAUGAGAAGACUAAAUUAUGUAUCAAGGCCAUCAGUAUCCCCGGGUAACAUUAAUUGAUGAUUUAGAAAUUAAAGCAGUUGCUACAGUGUGAUACAGGUGACUAUUUUGAAAGUAUUGAUUUUACUUGAAAUGCCAAAGAACUUUUCCAGAAGAAAAAUCUGUUAAAUUCAAGUAUUAAAAAUUUUAGAUUGAAAAGAAAGCAAGUAGUUUCAUAAUCAACAUGGACAAUGUAUACUGUAAGAUCUAAGGCAUUAGAACUUGCUGAAAGCAUAUCCAGUUUUGAAAUUUCCAAAUGAAACUUUAAAAUUUUAUUUUGGUUUAUCCCAAAAUGAUGGAAAAUGUCCAGUUGUGUUUUGUAAACACAUUAUUCAUCUUUUAGUUAAUACUCCUUGGGGAAAUUGUUGUCUUUGCUUUUUGGGGGAAGGGAGCAGGAAUAUAGCAGAUAACCGUUACCACCUCCCAGCCCCGGCUGCAAGAGAAAGGGGCAGGGGAGGCAGGCCCAGCAGCUCCCUCACCUGAAGUUUUAACAUCUGUACUGCAGUUUACUGUGGGAAUGAUAAACUGUACAAGUAUUCUUAAUGCUUAAAUGUAUAUUUUGGGCAAGUUUUGCAUGACAAUGGAAAAAGUAUUAAGUCACAUUGCUUGUUACUGAUUUCCUUAAAGAAAAGGUAAGCUAGUGAUUUAGUGGGUGGAAAAAAGUCAAUUUUCAUUGUAAAUUUAACUUAAAAUUUAUGUGCAAGUGUUUUCAGUGCCCUAAAUCAAACUAUAAAUAUGUAAUUACUACUUCCAUCAAACUGUUGCAUAUUUACUGUAAAAUGAUAUUCCCAGUAUGUGUGCAGCAUGAAGAAAGUAUUAAUGCUUUUCAGUGUUUUGACUAUAACCCCUUCUGUGUGCAGAAUAUUCAUAUACUACUUCCUUCUUAUAUUUUAUAGAAUUCCAUGACUUUUGAAACAUCAAUGAGUCGAUCUUACUCUUUCAUGACUAGCCCUAGUAACUUAUGGCGUGUUGGUGGCUUCCCAUUAUGGACUAUAUGGAAGAGUAGCAUUUAUUCUGAGUUUUUUGGUUCUGUGGGCCAAAAGCUCAUUUUGAGCCUGCCAGGGGUGAUACCGUGAAGGAAAUGUUAGUGGAGUAACAUUCGUGCAUUGCCAUUUUAAUUUAUUCUUCUGUUGAAUCAAAGUUGAAGAGUUUUAAGUAUGUGUGUAUUUUGUUGGAUGGCCCAGGGAGCUGUGUGGAGAUACCUGAACAAAAAUUCUUUUUUCUUAAGCAUUUCCUCUAACUCUGAUAUUUUCCCAAGAAACACUAAUCUGUAGCCCUUAUUUCUUGAGUUUAAUAGCAAAUGCAGACACAUUAUCACAGAAUCAGUUUUUUAAGUGGGGUUUUCUUUGACAUUGAGAAUUGUGAAUAUAUUCAUACUUGAUGUUUAUAAAAAUCUUAACAGUUUCCUUAUUAAUACCUUUUUAUUGUAAAAUUUCAUAAACCAUGUUUUCCAAAAUAAUUUUAUAUUAAAUCCAACAUCACAUAAAGUCUGUUAAGUAUGUCAAAGUAGUCACUUGUAGCCUCAGGGAAGAUAUUAAAAGUGUUACAGUCAUUCACAGUAGGAAAAGAACUCAUUUUUUUAUUAGACUAUUAAUUAAGAAAUGUUAUAUAUAGAUUUGCCACUUUGUAGUAUAUACAUUAGUAUUGGCAUAUACAGUACUUUUGCCGCUAGUUGGGCAUAUAAAAUGUCCUUUAUUUAGUAGCUCCAGAAUUAAUUUUGAUGUAUUAAUUUCCUCUCAAGUAGAUCUAUCUUUUUGCUAUCAUUUAUACAGUAAAACAAAAGCUAACAAAUAGUCCAGUUUAAUUUGUUACUAAAUUUAUUAUACAUUUGCAGUAUUACACAUACAAGCCAUUCAAAUUAAAAUCUCUAUAGGUUUUUGUAGUUUCAUUUAGUGGAUUCAAAUUAUAUACUACCUAAGCCCUCUAAAAUAAAGUAUUACUUUGUCUUUACCAAAAAUCCAAGUCUGUUUCUGUUUAUAAACUCAGUACGUAGGGAAGGUUUGAGUCCCAGAUUGCUGGAAAAAAAUGACAGUGAUGGGAAGUAAAAGGGAGCCACAUGCUUUGUGUCCUGGGGGAGGAGGGAACAGAGCAUUCCCCCUUCAGAACACUUUUCUCUUCAGUGUUAUUUCAUUUAUGGAAGAGCUAAUGUUCCACGUCAGAAUAUAAUUUUGAUGCUGAGACUCUAGCCUUAAAAAGACAGAAAGAAAGUUGUCUUCAUAGUACAAGCAUUAUUCAUCACUUUUACAAGAUAAGAAAUAAGGAAACAAAAAUUAGGAGUCAAGCUGAGCGAGAACACUGUUUCAGUGACCCUGCCAGAGGGCAGGGGUUUAACUUAGGGACCUAGGCAGACCUUGGUUCCGUUAUUACUACAGUAGCCUGACCACUGGCUAACACAUGUGAAGAAAAGUGUUCUUGCUGGGCGUGGGUACAGAGUGUGAGUGACAGUGAGCCGUGCUUUUGAACGACUAUAGAAAUAAAGCCAACACUUUUUUGAAUAGAAGCCUUUUCUUUAAAAUACUUCCCAACUGACAUUUACCUAGCACUGGUUUGGAAACUUCCUGCUUAACACCAUUUCAUUCAAAUAUUUAAAACUGAAAAACAGGCAUUAUAUUUGAGGGCCACUGUACCUAAAUUAUAAACAUGAGUACUGUAUGUGUUUUUUUUUUUCAGAUUUCUUACUUUUUAUUAGAAAUUAAAACAAAACUUUAAUGAACACUAAAUCUCUCCACCCUCACCCAUUUUUCCCAAUCCCCACUCCCCAUCUCUGAUAACCAUUGGUUGGUUCUUUUUUGUCUUUAACUUGCUUUUUCUCAGUUUUUUGUUUUUUGGUCUAAGGUUCCACAUAUGUGAGAGGCCACACAUUAUUGGUGUUUUGACUUCACUUAGUAAAAUGCUAUUAGAGCGCAUCAUGUUGUCGCCUGUCAAGAUUUCACUCAUUUCAUGGCAAAAUAUAUUCCAUAAUGUGGAAACAAUCAUCUGCCCCUUAAGACUGCUUUGGUCAGUGACAGACUGCAUGCAGCACAGUGGAGCCCUCUGCCACGUGUUAGCCUGGGCAUGAGCCGGCCCCGUAGGUGUGUGUGGCUGCAUGUGAGGUCGCAGCGAUGAGGUCCUCUACUGCCCUUUCCCUCAGAACACAGUCCUGUCACUCGGCAGCUCUUGACUGGGAACCACAAUUUCUUUGUUCAUCAGUGGACGCUUGUUUCUGUAUCUCUGCUAUCAUGAAUAACGUUUCCAUCAACAUGGGGGACAGGGAUGUUUUCAAGUUGUGUUUACAUUUUCUUCAGCUAAGUAACUCAAGUGAAAUUCCUUAAUUGUCUGGCAGUCUUUGUGCUUGUGCACCAAUAUAUAGUCCCAUCAAAGGUGCACAAGGUUCCCUUUCUUCCACAUCCUUACCAACACUUCCUUCUUGCUUUUUUGUUAUCGCCAUUCCAGCAGGUGUGAGGGGAUCCCCCUGUGGUUUUAAUUUACUUGAUGACUCAUGUACCUGUCAGCCAUCUGUAUGUCUUUGGGAAAAUGUCUUCCAAUCAACCCACUCUUUUUUUUUUUUUUACUAUUGACUUGUAUGACUUUAUUUUUAGGAUAGUACCCCCAUGCAAAUAUUUCCUCCCGUUCCCAUAGGUAGCCUUUCAUUUUGUUGCGUGUCCUUUGAUUAGUCCUGCUUAUUUUCACUUUUGCCUUUAGUGUAUGAUUAGAAAAUUCAAGACCCAUGUCAAAUAGCUUACCCACUGUAUUUUCAAGCCGUUAGCCUGCUUUUAAUUUGUAAGACAGUGUUGUAGUUUCAACCUUUUUCGUGGUUAUCCAGUUUUCCCAACACCACUUAUUGAAUGUCUUCAGUAUAUAUUCUGACAGCCAUAAGCUGGCGUGUGUGAGGGUUUACUUCUGGACUAUGUUCUGUUGGUCUCAUUUUUAUGCCAUCACCACACUGGUUUAGUCACUACAUGGAGCUUGACACCUCCAACGUUGUUCAAGUUCGCUUGCUGGGUUUUAUAGUUUAUACAAAUUUCAGGAUUUUUUUUUCCUAUUUCUAUAGAAAAACACCAUUGGGCUUUUGGUAGGGAUUGCAUUGAGCCUGUGGGAAACUUUGUGUAAUAUGGGCAUUGGUAACGGCAGUUUCAGUCCAUGAGCAGAGUUAUCUUUCCAUUUGUUUCUUAACUCACUAAUGUCAUCAAGUUUUCAAUAUACAGGUCUUUAACCUCCAUGGUUAAAUUUACUAGGUAUGCAAUUUAUUUUUUAUGCAAUUGUAAAUGGGAAUGUUAAUUUAUGAUAGUUUAUUGUAUAGAAAUGCAGUUUUGUGUCCUGCAGCUUUACUGAGUUCUAGGUUUUUAGUGAGUAUUUAGGGUUUUCUGCAUGGUACCUGCCAUUUACUUCUUCCUUUCUGAUGUGGAUGCCUGUUUUUUCCCUUGCCUAAUUGUUCUAGGCAGGAUUUGCACAUUAAGUGAUGGCAAUGGGCAUUUUUGUCUGAUUUUUUGAUUCUUGAGGAAAGGCUUUCAGCUUGUCAUAGGUGGCAUUUAUUGUGCUGAAGUACAAGCCUUAUACUUUUUUAAGUGCAUCUUUUACCAAAUGUUUCUUAAUGCAUUUAUUGAUAAAAUCAUAGGAUUUUAAUCCACAUACAAUUUUAAUCCAUCCUGGUAGUGUGGUAAAUCGCAUUUACUAUCCCUGGAAUAAAUCCCACUUGAUCAUGGUGUAUGAUCUUUUAAAUGUAUUAUUAAAUUUGGUUUGCUAACACUUUGUUGAGGAUUUUUGCAUCCUUGUUCAUCAAGGGUAUUAGACUGUCAUUUCCCUUGUCUCCUCGACUGGUGCUGGUGUCAGGGCGGUGCUGGCCUUCUUAAAGAGUGUGGAAGUGUUCCCUCCUCUUCUGUUUUUAAGUAUUUGAUUCAUUGGUAUCCCACUGGUUUCGAUUUUUACUUCAUCACGAAAACACCUAUUAUAGAUUUUGUUUUUAGGCAUUUAUAUUUUCUAGAUUGUUUUCUGUGACACAUUAGCAUCUCUUAGUUUCAGAUUUUUGAGUCAUUUUUCUUGGUGAGUCUAAAGAUUUUCAGUGCUGUUGAAAACUUUUAACUAUUUUAUAAGGAUAUUUACUUCUGUGGCAUUUUUGGUUUCACUAAUGCAUUAUUUCCAGCACAAAAAAGAUAGGAGCUGAAAAAACUUAGCCCGUUAGUUGGGAUUUAAAGGGCUUUUUGAAGGAGGUAGAGGUAUUAAAUAUUUUCAUGCUACACAAAGUAUUCCCCUUUGCAAAAUAAACCUAAGUAGCAGCAGUAUUCCUAAAAACUAACGGGUGUCAUUUUACUUAACAUUCCCCACCCCCCUGCCCAAGGCCAGCAUCUUUUUAUGUACUUAACCUAGGCAAAGUUCCUUCUUUCAAAUGGUGUGUGCUGUGUGCCUGUGUCCUGGAAGUUCAUUGUAGUGGAGUUUGGCCCACAAACAGUAUUUGAUGGCCUGAAUAAAAAAAUUUCAACAUCUUAUUUUUAACAAUUUGUAUGCUACAAAUUUGUAUUGUCUCAAUAAAUACUUGGU